GGCUCUAAAGCCUUGAAGGGACAAGUGAAAGUUUUUCCUCAGUCUCUGGUGCUACAUUUUCUGAAGAUGACGUUUCUGCGCGCAGUAUUUCUGUUCAUUGGUCUGGCGUGUCUGGUUCAGGGAAAGGUGGUAGGUGUCUUUAAAGACUGUGAUCACUUCUUUGUAGGAAAGAAGCCACCAACUUUUAAUAACCAGCUCAUACCAGACACCCAGAGACAAAAUGACUUUCGUCUCAUUUGUCAGACUCAGAAAUCUAAUCCUACAACAGCAGGUGAUUUUGAAUAUGCAACACUCUACGACAUCAUAAACAGGAUACCUGUGUACAGUGCAUACAGGUAUUACACAAGACCACCUGGUGCAGUAAUUACCAGAGACACAGCAUGGAAGAUCGAACCUCAGGUAGAUGAUCGAGGCAGUCAAGUACAACAGAUGAUUCAGCAAAGACAUUCUAAAAUACCAUUAGCUUUCAGAGGUCGGUACCAGGCUUUGAACAAAGACUACGCACAUUCCUCGUAUGACAAGGGUCACCUGUAUCCAGUGAAUCACGCUCAUAACCAGGAUGCUGCUGAUGGGACCUUCACCCUCACCAAUGCUGCACCACAAAACUGCGACUUCAACAAGAAAUGGUAUAAUAUGGUGGAGCAUUUUGUAUCCAAUAAACUAGAUGCAAAGCGCAAAAAUAGUGCAGCUUACAUUGUCACAGGGGUGCUACCUAGCCAGGCAAAAUUUAUAACAGAUGUAAAUGGAGUAAACAGAGUAAAUGUGCCUUCUCUUUUCUGGACUGCUUUCUGCUGUGAAAAUGUUUUUUCUCUCAGCUGCAUCAUGAAGGAGAAGGAUGAUGAGCCUUUAUGUGGUCCAUUAAGCAACUUGGACAAUUUAAACAUUAAACCUUUUGGUGGCUACUGCUGAGGAGUUAGAACUGUGUGCUUUAUGAAAACACACUGGGGUUAUAGGUAAAACAUAUGAGUAAAUAUAUUUAUCAUUUAUCUCAU